UGCGGCGGUUUUGCUUCGCACCCAUAUUGGCGCUGGUUGCGCUGCUGUGUAAAUCCCUACCCAAAGCUCUGUCGUCUGUGGCUCCUACACACGGUGCGCGCGGCUUCCUCCCUGCCUUUCACGGUGUGCUGGGUGGUCCGUUGGCGUCGAGAGAACUUUGGGCCGGACAGGUUCCUUCACGCGUUAGGCGCUAGGCCGCGAAAUGAACUGCGCAUGCACCCUUCCAGUGGUGGGAGGGGAAACUUCUCCAAACUACUAGCCCCUGCAGACUGCGGGUUCAAGAGGGUCACAUUUUGGGCGCGAAAUGCGCAAGACGCAAGUGUGCCCAACCACUGCGAAAGUCGCCCAUAUGGAAUGAAGGUGGCAAAUGCAUCUCGGAGGGGGUUGCGCGGUGGGAUACUCGGCAGACUCUUUCCGUCCUGAGAAAAAUGCACUCGCGGUGGGGAGGAUCGCGCAGGUGACCAACAGCAGGAAAGGAGGUGAUGGAAUGUGGAACAAGACCUCUUGUGGAUGAGACAGCAACAGGGAUGCGGAUUAUAGGUGGACAUGAUGCUCAGCUGGGAGCCUGGCCAUGGCAAGUUAGUCUGCAAGUUCAAUCCCCUAAUGGAUUUUACCGCCAUAUAUGUGGUGGAUCUUUAAUUAAUAGCAAUUCAGUGUUGACAGCGGCACACUGCAUUAAAACAACUAGGAAUCCAGAAUUUUGGAGGGCUGUGAUUGGCUUACAUCAUCUUUAUAAACAGGACUCUCAUACUGUAAUACACAAGGUCAGAGCUAUCAUGGUCCAUUCUGAUUUUGAAUGGGGCACCUUUGAAAAUGAUGUUGCCUUGUUUAAACUUGCCAAGUUUGUCAAGUACAAUGACUAUAUUCAGCCCAUCUGCUUACCUGAUAUUCCUCCUAUCUUGACUAAUGACAGCCCGUGUUACAUAAGUGGAUGGGGAAGCACACAAGAGAACGGUCAUGCCGUACGCAUAUUACAAGAAGCUGAAGUCGAUAUUAUUCCACAGAAAGUCUGUAACAGAUUUGAUUGGUAUGGUGGGGCAAUAUCAUGGAAUAUGCUUUGUGCUGGCACCGAAACUGGGCUCAUUGAUAGCUGCCAGGGAGACAGUGGUGGUCCUCUGAUGUGUUAUUUCCCAAAUGAUACCAAGUAUUAUCUGGUAGGAAUCACCAGUUAUGGCGUUGGCUGUGGCCGACCAAAACUUCCAGGAAUCUAUAUACGCACAGCAAAUUACAGAAGUUGGAUUCAUUCACACCUUCUUGACAAAACAACCACUGUGAGCUUUCCAUUUGUCCUGAUCUCUUUGACUACUGGGUGGAUUACCUUCCACCUUGUUCUCUAAAGAGGCAAACUUUCCUUCCACUGUACAAAUUGGUUUUUGAAUUUAUUUCUUCCUCUUACAAACAUCUCUCUUUAGCAGAUCCUAAGCUGCCAAUGCCAUGCCCUCACCCUGCAAUGUGGCUUUCAGCUGACUACUGCUGGCAGUAACUUUCUGACUGACUGACUGACACUGAGGCAUCUGCCAGGGCAACCUCCGCCCCCUCAAUGUCAGAGGUGAUUACAUGCCAUCCAACCCUACCACCCACAUCAACAAGGGAUGUGUUUGUGUAAGGAUUGCAUUGUUAAUCUGGAACCCAUCCUUUAUUUUCAACAACAAACGGGCUUUGUAAUCUUUUAUUUCAUCUCCUAAAGUGGAUUCAAAAAUAUAUUUCAUCCUUAAUUUAAAUAUAUAAACCAAAGAGGCACUUUUCAUUUA